AUGGACGCCGAAUCGCACAGCCAAACCCAACAUCGAGCGGAUCUUAUCCGCGAUGGCAGAGAUCCAGACCUCCCAUCUCACCAUCCAGUUAACGCGCUGAGCAAAUGGAGAAAAUUCCUAAUCCUGUUGACCCUCAGUUACAGUGGUUUCUUGGCCAAUUUCAGCGUGGCGAUUAUUCAAGUCGCGUUUCCUACUCUCGGCGCAGCCUUUCACGUGUCCCCUAGUCUUAUACCCAACACCAUUGGUUAUAAUCUCUUAGGUGUGGCAGUCGGACCGCUUUUCUGGAAUCCAUUGUCGAAGACCAUCGGAAGAAGACCUGUGUACCUCCUUGGCUCCCUUCUCUUUAUUCCCUGUGUUGUUUGGAUGGCUCUCUCGAACAGCUAUGUGGUUUUCGCCGUUGCUCGAGUUUUUGCCGGUUUGACAUCGUCAUUCAGUCAAACUGUCCCGCCCGCCACCGUUGGAGACAUUUUUGUGAAAGAAGUGCGAGGAUCCAAAAUGUCUAUGUUCGGAGUCGCAGUCGUCAUUGCACCCGCCGUUGGCCCAAUAUUCUGUGGAGCCAUCGUCGAGAACACUUCUUGGAGGGUUUUAUUCUGGUUCAUCCUAGGCCUUGCUGUGAUCCAGUUCCUCGCUUUCUUCUUCAUCGUUCCUGAGACCCUUUGGAACGUAGAAGAGAACACGGCGAUGCCCUCCUCCGCUCACCCGGCCCUUGAGCUCACUUCGUCGGAUCACAAGAUUGACGACGGUAAGGGUAGUUCUGAGCAUGUUGAAGAGGCCCCUCAUUCUGCACAUAUUCCUACCGGCCGAGUUGGACCCGCUUGGAUGCCAUGGAAGAGACCAGGAGAGUUUGGUGCGAUCUGCUUGUCACCAAUUUUAAUGGCUCGAUACUUGACAAUUCUUGUUCCGUCCAUCUACUAUGGUUCGAUAUUUGCAUGGUCCGUAGGCAUCACCAUUGUAUUCCCUCAAAAGUUUGAGAAGCCGCCAUACAACUUCGCAUUGAUCCCACUCGGAGCAGCGUUCCUCGCAUUCGGUCUUGGAGGUAUUUUGGGUAAAUGGUCAGGAGGUAUCGUCGGUGACAAGACAGUCAUGUACAUGGCGAAGAAACGGGGACAAAGGCAGCCCGAGCACCGACUUUGGGCUCUUCUGCCCAUCUUACCUUUCAUGUUCGUGUCUUGCUUGCUCGUUGGGCUCACCGUCAAACUACAGCUACACUGGAUCGUUUAUCUGAUUGGAGGCGGGCUAUUCUUUUUCUGUCUUUCCGCCGCGACCGGUAUCCUCCAGACAUACGUUCUCGAGGGUUUCCUCUCCCGAUCCAUGGACACACAAGCCGUGUUUGUUUUCUUCAAAUCCAUCUGGGGCUUUGCCGUCCCCUUCUUCGUGUAUGAAUGGGGCCAGGAACACGGUUUCUUGGGAGAAUACAUCGUUCAAGGUGCUCUCGCAGCGGGUAUUGGCGCGAUCAUCUGCGUCGUGUUUAUUUGGAAGGGCUAUGAGAUUCGACAGUGGCAAGGCAUGCCCCUCGUAGCGAGAUAA